AUGGCCAAGGGGAGACGCUUCAACCCAUCCCUGGACAAGGACGGAAGAUGGUUCCCUCAUGUCGGACUCAUGCAGAAGACCCCGGAAUCCAUCACACGCGCUACGUUAAAGGAGCCCCUUUGUGCGCAGGCGGCUCGGCAGGUGGAGGGGAGGCUGCCGCCCAUCUACAAGGUCCGGGAGAAGCAAGCAACAAACAACAACUUCCCCUUCUCCAUGCAUGACAACCGGCACACUUUUGAGAAUUCCGGAAACUACCUUGACUCCGGCCUGGGACGGAAGAGGAUCUCCCCCGAUAAAAGGCAACAUGUUUCCAGGAAUUUCAAUCUUUGGGCAAGCGACUACGUUCCAUCUUGUCUCGAUGGCUUUUCAAACAACCAGAUAUCCUAUGUGUACAAGGAGGCCAGGGUGGACCCGCGGUUCAGGCGCUUUCCCAGAUGUUACGCAGAGAUCUGGAGCACCUGCCGAUUUACUCCUGAGCACAGCUACCCAAAGGUUUUGAGAAAGAAACCAAAAGUAAGGUUUGCUGUCCACCAGAAUAUUGCUGUUCUCCUGGAGCCAUGA